AUGGCCGACGUACAGAAGAACAACAAGUUUGUCACCGAGCUCAACCCGGAAGGCAUCAAGCCCUGCUGCGCGUGCCCCGAGACCAAGUCGGCGCGAGACGAAUGCUUCUUCAAAUUCGGCCACAGCGUCGAAGAGCACGGAGAGUCGGCGCGCAAGUGCGAGGACCUCGUCAAGAAGCAUCGCGAAUGCAUGGCCAAGCUUGGCUACAAGAUCUGA